AUGAAAACAACAUUGCUUCUAGUCUUAGUUGCUUGUGCUUUCGCCACAAACACUGCUCUAUUUGACAGAAUCGAAUAAAGCGAUUUGGGCAGAACACUUUUAAACACCAUUGCAAUUCAAAUGACAACUGGAGAACCUCUUGAAAGAAUUUUCUAAACUCUUUAUGACUUGGAAGACAGAUACAUCGCUGACUAAAAAGAAGAUGAUGCUAAUAACCAAGCCUUCUAAUAAGUUUGUGAUGCAGAUUUGGCUGGCUUGAACCAAGAACUUGCCAAUCUUGAAUAAAGAAAUACAGAAUUAUAGGCUGUUCUUGAUGACCUUGUGCCAAUCAGAGACUAAAAGAUCGGAUAAAAGAAAGCUAAGGAACUCUAAAAGGCUGAAUUAUAGAAGGUUAUUGAUGAAACAACAGCCAAGAGAUAAGAAUAAGCUGAUGACUUCGAGGCUUAAAGAUAAGAGUACACCUUUGUUUCAUCAGUUUUGGCUGAAGCAAGAAGACUCUUCACAGAUAACCUCUAAGCUCCAUCUUUCUUAUAAAAGGGUGAAGAAAAGGUUCACGUUACUCCAUAAAUCAUGGCUUAAGUUGCUAGUCACAUGAGUCAAGGUGCUCACAAAGCCAGCACAAUGAAACACGUCAGAACCUUUGGAAAAGCCAUCAAAUUGUUAGCCAAUCUUGCCAACAGAACCUAAUAAUUUCGCCAACUAAGAUUUAACAGGAAGAGUCAUCAAAUUGAUCGAUGAUCUCUAAAAUCAAUUAAGUCAAGCAUUCGAUUUAGCCAGAAAAGCUGAAGAUGACAGAACCAGAGCAUUCUAAGCAUAUAUCGGUUUACUCAAUAAAGACAUGAACAAAUACAAUUCAUCAAUUGCUAAUUUUGACUGCUGAAAUCUAAUCACUCUAAGACAGAAAUCGAUGCUACCACAGCCAGUUUAAAA